AGAACGUUCCCGAACCCCUCUCCCCCGCCCCGUUCCCAAGCAAUCCGCCGCUCCAGAACCUUCCGAGGACACCGCGCUCCUUCUCGAACCUUCCCCUCGUCCCCAAUAUAUACCGCACCACGAAAUCCUCCAUUCUCAUCCCCAUCACAACUCGAAUUCGCAAACGAGCAAACAAAACAACACCGACUCCAAGAAAAGCUUGAGACAUCAACGGCAAUGGCGUCCCGCCGGUUCUUCGCCUACGACCCCUACGACUACUACUACACCACCCCGUACCACUACCCCUACCCGUACCACCAGCAGCAGGCCGCCCCAGCCCACAGAUGCAGCGGCUUCUUCCCGGUCGCCGCGGACGCCGAGCCCGCGGCGGUGAGGAGGGCGGCGGCCGUGGACACUGCGCCCAGGGCGAGGUCGGUCUUGAUCCCCGUUCAUUUCGUCGGGUCCGACCCGGAGGCGAUGCCGGAGAGGAAGGCGGCUGCGCUGCGCGCGGAGCCGGUGGCCAGGACGGCGGUCGUGCCUGUGAAUGUGAAGCGGGCGCCGUCGGCGGAGGAGGCCGCGGUGCGGGUGCAGGCGGCGGCGCGCGGGUUCAUGGCGCGGAGGUCGGUGCGGGCGGUGCGCGAGGUGGAGCGGGAGGCGGAGAAGGUCGGGCGGAAGGUCGCACGCGAGGCGGAGGCGCUGCGCGGGGACGCGAGGGCGCGGGUCGCCGUCGGGGAGGCGCUGAUGAGGCUGCUGCUCCGGCUCGACGCGGUGCGCGGCGCGCGGGAGUACCGGCGGAGGGUCACCAGGCGGGUGCUCGCGCUGCAGGACGCCGUCGACGCCCUCGAGCCCAAGACGGCGACGGCGCCGGCAGCCGACGCGGUGGCGGAGGAGAUGACCGAGGCCGAGGACGACACCGCGGCCGUUGAGAUUGCGGAGGAGAGCGCCGUGGUCCCGAGGCUGCCGGACGCCGUGGACCACGUUGCUGAGAACAACGCGAAGGCGGCGGCUGAGACGGCCGACGGGAUGGAGGUGGAUGGAGAAAUCGCCGGCGGCGAGCCGGAAAAGAACAGAGUGGAGAGGGAACCGGCUCCGCGCGACGCCAAUCUUCUUGAUGUCGACGACAAGCCGGAUGAAUGUGAGAAUAUGGUGGCAGACGAGCCGGCGCCUGCCGCGGCGGGUUCGCCGCGCGAAGCGCCGACGCAACAAGAAGCGGCGCCGGGGAAGGAGAUCCGGACGGCGGCGGAGACCGGCGGCCCGGACGCGAAGAGGCUGAUGGAGAUGGUGGCGGCGCUGUGCGAGCGGAGCGCGCAGCAGUGCGCGGUGAUCGGGGCGCUGGCGGAGCGCGUGGACGCGCUGGAGCGGGCCGUGCGGCGGGUGGAGGACGCCGAGCGCCGGCGGCGUCGGGCCAAGAAGCUCCGAAAGGAGGGCAAAGGGAGCAACCGCAGCAAGUGCUACGCCGAUGGAGGAUUAUGACUGAUGAAGCACGCCAUUGACAAGGAUAACACCAAUUCUGUAAUUCAGCGCUGCUCUUACCAAACGCGGUGGCUCUGGCUACUGGCUUGAUUGUUUCAUUCGAUUUGUUCCUUGUACUGGUAUAUCUGCGGUAAUUGAGGAUUAAAAUUUUGGUUGCACAA